AGACCUUACAUGUGGCUUUUUGGUGUAAAUUAAAUGUGCACAUCAUGUUAAUCAUAGGAAUGAGUUUAAGCAGAAAUUCGUCUGCACGUCCUGUCAGGGUAUAGACGUGAGAACUACGUUGUAAGCGGUAACCUGUGAAACAAAAGAGCAUCGCAAAGUUGUCUAGACUGGAAACCGAAAGUAUCGAGUAGAACCUAAAAAGAUUUUAUCCAGUACUAAACCAACAUAAAGAAAUCGAAUUCUGUAUGUAACUUCUCAUACUGUGCUCUAUGAAGUGAACGUAAAUAUUACAACAUUUCACUCUGAUCGCACCUGAGGUAUCGUAAAUCGUGAAUUAAGGUAUUUAUCUGUAAAAUCACCGCUUAUUGAAGAGACAAGUGGAUUGUGUGAAUUGAAAAGUGAUAUUUAACCAAUAGUCGUGACGGAAAUGUGCAGAAAAGACAAGCAAAAUGAAAGAUACACCAAGGAAAAAUGAAGUACUCAAAAUGAGAAUCAAAUGAAGUGCAAAAACAGAGGCGGAUGUUUUGCAUUCAAUUAUUCAUAAUGAGAUGGAUUGGAAAUCACUGAGACCUGGUUCUUUGCGAAAGAACUGAGCACUGACUAGGAGGAUGUCAACGCCAGGAACACCAACGACUCAACGCAAGCGGCCAUUUUCUCAGGCAAAUCAAAAUGGAGAGACCAGCGAUGGAACUGGUGGCUUGCUUGGAGCACUUGGUGAGGUUGUGGGAGAGUGGCUCCAAGGAUGGGGGCUUCUCGGUGCGUUGCGCAAGAGGUCAGGUGCACCAGGAGUAGCUAGGUCCACACCAGCUACGCCACCUACUCAUAGCCAUCCUUCGUCACCAUCACAUGAACAUAUCGAAUUAAGGCAGCUGAGUUUCCAGAAUUCCCAAGAAAAUUACAAUUGGCUAAGAUGCAACCAGCUUCACGGGACGAACGAGUCAGUAUCAUCUCUCACGUGUAGGGAGGGUGAUGGUGGUAGUGGUGAAGGCGGCUCUAGACAGUUGACUCCUUGUGAAGUGGUGCGGAGGAGACACCCCCUAAACUUCCCCCGCUCCCCCAGGCCUCCAAGGCAUUCAUACUAUGAAGGUUCAUCUCCCGAUUCAUACCUUUUAACGGCCGUUCUCAUUCAUUCUCUAAAGCAUGGCUCAGGCAAGGUGUGUCAGGAGCCACAUUGCAAUGUAUGCAUCACCAGAUUUGGGCAAAAUCUAAGGGAAGCUUGUGGACUUGACCUCAGUAUGAUCAGUCAAAAGGGGGAUCACUCACUUGAUGCAUCAUUACCAACUGCACUGUAUAGUCGAUCCAUCUCACAGGAGGGUAAUGAAGUGAAGAACUGGAAACAUGAUAGGAAAGAUUACCUUGACAUAUCCACAGACAUGCAAGAACUCUCCCAGGUAUCUCCUCUUAGCAGUCCUUCUAGCUCAUUCCCCUAUGCACAGAUCAGUCCCCUACCAAGCCCACAGUCCUCCAUAACAAUGAGCUCAACCUUGACAUCAAGAAAUCCAACAUUGUCUCUAACAACAUGUGAAAGUUCCGCUCCAUUGUUAGAGUCAGAGCUAUCCUCUCUUGACAUAUCAUCUCUAACUGAUGUAACCAUGUCCUCCAGCAUGUUGUCAAACUCAACACUUUCUUUACAACAGUCUGAAUGCUUACUGGCAUCGGAAAGUAACAUAACUUCUUCAGAACUGUCACUCAUAACGGCAAGUGAUUGUGGCACUCUAGUGGGAUCGUUUCCUUCUGAAACAUUCCCAUCAGCAGCAUGCUCUUCAGAAACAAUAUCUUCAGAAACAUAUCCAUGUGACACUUACCCCAAGUGUCGUGAAAGUGGUGACCUGAUGUCCAGCUCAGUGCAUUCAUUGCCCUCUCGCCUGACUCUUAAGGAUCGUUCCUCGGCCUCUCUUCUGCGGCCUGUGCUGCUGUCCUCUGGAUCUCUGGUUCUCCUACCCCGUCGCCCCUCUCUGGUAUCCCCCCCUUCUGUCUCCUCUGCAUCCUCACAGGGACACUUUAAAUGGGAAGAGAACCCGUGCUAUGUACGAGUAGAGAGUGGAAGGCCAGGAGAGGGCCAUGUAUUCCGGCCCACCACCUUGGAACGUCCUGCCUGGUGUGAUGCCUGUGCUCACCUCGUCUUCUCCCAUGCCACAACGUGUGAGAAUCUCAAAAUGACAGGAAAAUUCGCAGGGUGCACUCGGGAUCACAGCUUACAGGACAAAGCUACUUCUGAAGAAAAAAUGUUAGUAAUCGAGCAAAGCAAAGGCAAGCAAAAGCAAGCAAGUCCAAGCAAAAGCAAGCAAGGUCAAGCAAAAGCAAGCAAGGUCAAGCAAAAGCAAGCAAGGUCAUGCAAGUCAUCCUCACCGCGAGCGUACACUCCGCCGGGAGAGACGGGUCAACCAACUCCAGCAGCUGGUGCAACUCGCAUCUCGGGAGCUCGUGGACGCGCCCCAGGGACAGGAGCGGCACCCGGUGGCGCUCGCAAAAGCGCCUGAGCACGUCGACCUCGACCGGCACUGGCCACCGCUGGGCCAAGAGUGCCUAAAAUGCAUGCCUGGAACUCGGCGGACUUCUUGACGGGCUGCGG